GGAGAAGCCCACUUUUCACUGAGAUACACCAUGGGGGUCGUCAUUCGAGCUAAAGAAACAGAGGACCUCGGUGGUGCGCCUCACAACCACCCUUCACUCAGAGAGAGAGGAGGAGCUCUACGUAGACCCUGGAAACUGCCCACUAGAAUAGACCGGCUGGGGCGAGACGGCGAAGCAGAAGCGAGACGGCACGACUCGUCGAAGCUUCUGGCGGAUCUCGGAUCUUAGAUUUGACCCAAAUCCAAGCGCAAUCGGCGACUAGAAACAGAUCCAGGGCUCCCAGAGCUAUCACCGACCUAUCACGCCUCGCUGGUGGUCCAGAGGAAACAAAGACCCUUUGAUUCCAGUUAUUUCCGGCGGAAGAGACCCCAUCGGACCCAGACAUACCAAGCAAAGAGGAGAGACAAGGAGAAGAUAACAGAGGGUGAAGGCGAUGAAACACAAUAACAAGUUGACGGGGAAGAGGGAGACCGUCGACGGAGGUGCCGUCGGUCGCCUGAGAGUGAAAAAAGUGAAGCGGCGGCUUAGGGUUUUCGAUUUGGGGAAGGAGAGACCAAAGGGAGAAUUUCACUUCUCUCUCCUCUCUCUAACGAGUUUUUUUUUUUUUUUUUUUUUUUUUUUUUUUUUACUAACGUUUUUUUGUUUGUUUUUGACAACUUCAUUUUUGGACCUGUUGCCCGCAGUGAAAAGCACCAUUAUGAUCUAUCCUCCCUACAUUCUCAAGUAUCAUCUUAUUCCAAAUAACAUAAAUAACACAUAUUUACACCUAUUGUAAGACCCAUAGGGUGAAUAUAAAUAUAAGCCUACACAUACAUGCAUACACUAUAUAUGUACGCGUAUUAAAGUAUCUAUUUUUCAGUACGACAAAGAUUCCCACUCGGAAUGUUUUGGUAAUUUAUAUUAGACAAUUUGGUCCCUCUCUCUAUCUCUACCAUAAAGCAACUGUGAUCAGACAAGCAUAUACAAAGAAGUUCCUCAUUCAAAAAAAGAUUUCUCAGCGAUCAAAACCCCCUCUCUCUUCACCAACAAAAGAAUCUAACUUUUUUUCUUUCAAAUCUAUAGUUAAACAAAAUAUCAGGUUUUGUUUCUGCCGAUCGGAGGAAGCUCAACUAUGGAUACGGCUCAAUGGCCACAGGAGAUGGUAGUGAAGCCCUUGGAAGAAAUAGUAACAAACACAUGCCCAAAGCCGCAAUCUGCCCAGACGCAGCAGCCAUCAUCGGUUGGGGCGGGGGGAGGAGCUGAGAGGAAGGCAAGGCCAGAAAAGGACCAAGCUGUAAACUGCCCAAGAUGUAACUCAAUCAACACAAAGUUUUGUUACUACAACAAUUAUAGCUUGACGCAGCCAAGAUUCUUCUGCAAAGGUUGUAGAAGGUAUUGGACGGAAGGCGGUUCGCUUAGGAACAUCCCUGUUGGUGGUGGCUCAAGAAAGAACAAGAGAUCUCACUCUUCUUCAGUUUCUUCGUCUUCUGAUAUUAAUAAAAAUCACUCGGAUUCUACACAACCAGCUACGAAAAAGCAUCACUCUGAUCACCACCACCUCAUGAGCAUGUCUCAACAAGGGCUGACUGGUCAAAACCCUAAAUUCUUUGAGACAACUCAACAAGAUCUCAAUUUAGGUUUUCCACCACAUGGGUUGAUCAGGACCAAUUUCACUGACCUCGUUCACAACAUUGGGAACAACAACAAGAGCACUAACAAUCCAUUGCUCAGUUCUUCAUCUUCUACCACGUCAGCUAUGGCAGUUUCUUCUUUGGAUCUCAUAAGAAACAAUACUAGUAAUAAUGGGAGUUCUUCAUUCAUGGGUUUUCCAUUUCAUAACCAAGAUCCAACAUCUGGAGGGUUUUCAAUGCAAGAUCAUUACAAGCCUUGUAACUCAAACACCACACUGCUAGGGUUUUCAUUGGAUCAUCAUCAUAAUAAUGGAUUCCACGGAGGAUUUCAAGAAGGAGAAGGAGGAGGAGAAGCUGGUGAUGAUGUGAAUGGAAGGCAUUUGUUUCCUUUUGAGGAUUUGAAAGUGCCAGUUUCUUCUUCAUCAGCAACAAUUAAUGUCGACAUUAAUGAUAAUCAGAAGCGAGCAAGUGGUGGUGAUGCAUCUGCUAAUUCUGGUGGGUAUUGGACUGGGAUGUUGAGUGGAGGAUCAUGGUGCUAGAUUUUCUCAGUUUGAUGAUGAAGAUAGUACUAUAUCAUUAAUGGUUAAUUAUUGUUAUUUAUUUAAUUAAUCAAUAUGUUCUUAACUUCAGUUUAAAUGUUCUUAUUAGUGUUUUUUCGGGUUAAUUUUGGAGUUAGCUUGGAUUAAAGGAUAUAAUCGAGGGUGCAUGCAUAUCGAAUGACUUUAAUUUGUUUUGAAUUUUUGUUAUGGAUCGUUAACACAGGUUAUAAAUGAUACAUUGGUUGGUCUU